ACAUGCUGCAGCUGCACUAACCGGGCCCGCCAUUAUCUGCCGCAAUGCCGGUCUACUUCCAGCGCCCCGAGAACGCCCUCAAACGGGCCAACGAAUUCCUUGAGGUUGGUAAGAAGCAACCAGCUCUCGACGUUUUAUACGACGUGAUAAAGAGCAAAAAGCACCGAACAUGGCAGAAAAUUCACGAGCCGAUUAUGCUCAAGUACCUGGAGCUGUGCGUGGACCUGCGCAAGAGUCACCUGGCCAAGGAAGGCUUGUACCAGUACAAGAACAUUUGCCAGCAGGUUAACAUCAAGUCAUUAGAAGAUGUUGUCCGCGCUUACUUGAAAUUGGCCGAGGAGAGGACGGAGUCGGCCAAAGAGUCUUCUCAGCAGAUGGUGUUGGACAUUGAAGAUCUUGAUAAUAUUCAGACUCCGGAAAGUGUUCUGCUGAGCGCUGUUAGCGGUGAGGACACCCAGGACCGGACGGAUCGGCUGCUUCUGACUCCUUGGGUGAAGUUCCUUUGGGAGUCGUACAGACAGUGCUUGGACCUGCUCAGAAACAACUCCAAAGUCGAGCGUCUUUAUCAUGACAUCGCUCAGCAAGCCUUCAAGUUCUGCCUGCUCUACACCCGGAAAGCAGAGUUCCGCAAGCUGUGCGACAACCUCCGGAUGCAUUUGAGUCAGAUCCAGCGGCACCAUAAUCAGAGCACUGCCAUUAACCUGAACAAUCCCGAGAGCCAGUCGAUGCACUUAGAAACCAGGCUGGUUCAGCUGGACAGUGCCAUUAGCAUGGAGCUCUGGCAGGAAGCCUUCAAAGCUGUUGAGGAUAUACACGGCCUUUUCGCCUUAUCUAAGAAGCCACCGAAGCCCCAGCUGAUGGCAAAUUAUUACAAUAAAGUCUCAACGGUGUUCUGGAAAUCUGGAAACGCACUGUUUCACGCCUCCACCUUACACAGACUGUAUCACCUCUCCCGGGAAAUGAGAAAGAAUCUGUCCCCAGAGGAAAUGCAGAGGAUGUCUACGAGGGUUUUGCUUGCUACACUCUCCAUCCCCAUAACUCCAGAGCGCACAGACAUCGCCCGUCUCCUGGAUAUGGAUGGCAUCAUUGUAGAAAAACAGCGACGCUUGGCUACAUUGCUGGGACUACAAUCACCCCCCAACCGUGUUGGACUUAUUAAAGAUAUGGUGCGGUUUAAUGCCCUGCAACACGUUGUUCCUGAGGUGAAGGAGUUGUACAACUGGUUGGAAGUGGAUUUCCACCCGCUCAAACUCUGCACCCGCGUCACCAAGGUGUUGGACUGGAUAAAAGAACAAGCCGAGAAAGAGCCCGAGCUGCAGCAGUAUGUUCCUCAGCUACAGAGCAACACCGUUCUGCGCCUUCUGCAGCAGGUUGCACAGAUCUAUCAGACCAUUGAGUUCUCCAGGCUCUCCUCCCUUUUGCCCUUUGUCGAUGCCUUUUUGCUGGAGCGUGCCAUUGUCGAUGCUGCAAGGCACUGCAACUUGCAAGUCCGUAUAGAUCACACUUCUCGUACUCUAAGCUUUGGGUCUGAUUUGAAUUAUUCCACACGGGAGGAUGCACCUGUUGGACCUUUCCUGCAAAACAUGCCCUCUGAGCAUAUACGGAACCAGCUUACUGCAAUGUCCACUGUCCUCUCCAAGGCUGUAGCCACCAUUAAACCGGCUCAUGUGCUGCAAGAGAAGGAGGAACAGCACCAGAUAGCGAUCUCUGCCUACCAGAAGAAUUCCCGAAAGGAACACCAGCGUAUACUGACCCGUCGCCAGACUAUAGAAGAACGCAAGGAACGCCUUGAGAACCUGAACAUCCAGAGAGAAAAGGAAGAGCAUGAGCAGAGGGAAGCAGAGCUCCAGAAAGUACGCAAAGCAGAGGAGGAAAGGCUGCGGCAGGAGGCUAAGGAGAGGGAGAAGGAGCGCAUUUUACAGGAGCAUGAACAAAUCAAGAAGAAAACUGUGCGGGAGCGGCUGGAGCAGAUCAAGAAGACUGAGUUUGGAGCCAAAGCUUUUAAGGACAUUGACAUAGAAAAUCUUGAAGAACUGGAUCCAGACUUCAUUAUGGCUAAACAGGUGGAGCAGUUGGAGAAGGAAAAGAGAGAGCUCCAAGACCGUCUGAAGAAUCAGGAGAAGAAGAUCGACUACUUCGAAAGAGCAAAACGCUUGGAGGAAAUCCCACUGCUAAAGAAAGCCUAUGAUGAGCAGAGGAUCAGUGACAUGGAGCUGUGGGAGCUGCAAGAGGAGGAAAGGAUCAGCACCUUACUGGUGGAGCGAGAGAAGGCAGUAGAACACAAGAACAGGAUGUCGAGGAUGCUGGAGGACAGAGACUCGUUUGUUUCUAAUCUCAAAGCCUCCCGUCAGUCAGUGUACGAUGCAAAACUGAAGCAGUUUCAGGAGCGAUUAGCAGAGGAAAAGAGAGUGCGUCUGGAGGAGAGAAAGAGACAGCGCAAAGAAGAAAGAAGAAUCUCUUAUUACAGAGAUAAGGAGGAGGAGGAGCAGAGACUGAUAGAGGAGCAACUUAAACAGGAGCGCGAAGACCGAGAGAAAAUAGAGAAUGAGAAGCGUGAAGCUGAACAGAGAGAAUACCAAGAGCGGCUGAAGAAGCUGGAAGAACAAGAACGCAAGAAGCGCCUGCGAGAGCUCGAAAUAGAAGAGCGGGAAAAGAAGCGAGAUGAGGAGAGGCGGGGCCCCGAUGAUUCUUUCAGGAAGCAGGAUACUCCUUCUCGCUGGGGAGAUAGAGAGGAAAGUGGAUGGAGAAGAGGUGCAGACCCAGAUGAACGCAAGCAAGCUCCUCCUGAAAGGGAUUGGCGUAGCGGUGGACAGGAUUCAAAGCCAGUGAAAGAUGAAGACCGUGAAGGAGAUGAAGAUUCCGUUUUGAGAAAGGAUGAAGAACAGGUGGCACGGGGUGAUGGUGAUGAAGAACGGGCAGCUUCUUGGCGUGGUACAGAUGAUCGUGGUCCAAAACGUAGUGUUGAAGAAGAUGGAGGACCCAGACGUGGUUUUAAUGAUGAGCCAGGCCCUAGGAGAGGAUUUGAAGAUGACCAAGGGCCACGCCGUGGCUUGGAUGAGGACCGAGGGCCACGCCGUGGUUUGGAUGAGGACCGAGGGCCACGCCGUGGCUUGGAUGAGGACCGAGGGCCACGCCGUGGCUUGGAUGAGGACCGAGGGCCACGCCGUGGCUUGGAUGAGGACCGAGGGCCACGCCGUGGCUUGGAUGAGGACCGAGGGCCACGCCGUGGCUUGGAUGAGGACAGAGGUCCAAGGAGAGGCUUUGAUGAAGACAGGGGCCCAAGGAGAGGCUUUGAUGAAGACAGGGGCCCUAGACGUGACUUUGAUGAAGACAGGGGUCCUAGACGUGGCUUUGAUGAAGACAGGGGUCCUAGACGUGGCUUUGAUGAAGACAGGGGCCCUAGACGUGGCUUUGAUGAAGACAGGGGUCCUAGACGUGGCUUUGAUGAUGACCGUGGGCCAAGGAGAGGUUUUGAUGAUGAUAGAGGGCCCAGACGUGGUUUUGAGGAUGACAGAGGGCCCAGACGUGGUUUUGAGGAUGACCGUGGCCCAAGGAGGGGCUUUGAGGAUGACCGUGGUCCUCGACGGGGCUUUGAUGAGGACCGAACGCCUCGUCGUGGUUUUGAGGAUGAUCGUGGACCAAGACGUGGCAUGGAUGAAGAACGUGUAUCUUGGCGGGGUGGAGCCGAAGAGGAGCGAGGACCAAGACGUGGAGCUGAAGAGGACCGAGGUCCAAGACGUGGAGCUGAAGAGGACAGAGGUCCAAGACGUGGAGCCGAAGAGGACAGAGGCCAGACACCAUGGAAACCCGUUGUAACAAGUCGCCCAGCUUCAGGGGGUUGGCGAGAGCGAGAAAAAGCCCGGGAAGACAGCUGGGGCCCAUCCCAUGAUUCUAAGCCGCCUGAAGAGCGUGAUUGGUCUAAGAGAGGAGAAGAUGGCGAAAAGGAUUCUGAGCGAGACAGGCGCCCAGUCAGAGAGGAAUCUGCAUGGCGACGGGGGGGAGAUGAUAACGUAACGCCGAGAAAGGUCUCACCGGGCGACAAGAGCACAGAAGACAGAAAAGAACCCAGUGAUGUGAGACGAGCAGCACCUAAAACAGAUGAACCGAGCCAAUGGCGACAGGGCGAACAAAAAGACAGCCAGCAAGAAGAGCGCGGCACCCCCCGACGAGUUGCUGCGGCAGACAGGGAAAAACCCUCUUGGCGCACAGAAAAGAAGGAGGAAAAAGACGCCCCUCGACGCCCCAAACUUGAAGAAGAUGAGGAUGGGUGGACAACAGUGCGGCGUUAGGUAGCUCUAAUCUGAUUGGUUAGGCUUGGUAUUGUGGGUUAGCGUUGUUCUUCCAUUCAAAUAUUCCCAACAUUGUGUGUGCCCUAAUGUGAUUCUCUGCAUCUCUCUCUGCUUCUAUACCUGAGGGUCACUGACCCCAUGCCUUCAACUUGUCUGGUGCAUUUUAUAUGACUUCUCUAGAGGAAGCAGCAGUAAGAUCUGCCCUUUAUUCUCAUUAUUCAGCAAGCGCAGGGGACCUAGAGGUGUCUGGGACCUGGACCUGGAGAACUUGUAGAGGCUCGUGUGGCCCUUUAAAACCACAUUGCAGGAGUAUUUUUCUACUAUGGUCCCCCCUACUCCAUAUAUUCUGUUCAAUAAAGCAAUUCUGAGCACUGCAGCUCCUAUUUAUCUCAAUCCUUUUAUCUGAUUGGUGCUGCCCUUACCCUGUCUCUAAAUGUGUAGGAUACGAAAAGCCAUUGGACAGCGGCAUUAGGCUCUGUCAUUGGUUAGUAGUGUCUUUGACUUAACCAGGACCCAAUAAAUACACUCAGCUCUUUUUGUGGCCUACAAUGGGUCAGAUAAUCCUAUUGGUUAAUAAGUUUAAUGACGAAGCCCAUACCCCUCCCAUUCCCUGAAACCCAAAUCACUGUUUUCUGAAGUGACCCAAGAGAAUAUUGGGAUAUCUGAGGCCAUUUUGGUCUGUUAGAGGCCACUGCUUCCGAUUGGACAGCCCUGCUGCACUGUAUUCUAACCUUCCGAUAAUAUAAUGGAUGAACCAGGCCCACAACUGCCCUCGCCAAUGAAACACUAGAGCAUCAUUAGCAAGGCAACAGUCUCAACCAAUCAAAAUGAAUGAAGGGUUUUCUCUUUCAGGUGCAUGGACUUUGAAUGAUACCUGUAUAAUAAAAUGUACCAGGUUGAAGGCUGAUGUCUGAUAACCAUAACCUGAUUCUGAACGCAGACCCUCCAUAUCGCUGCCCAUAACGCAAAGCCUGUUUUACAUUUUGGUUUUUUUAUGAGUUUGUAAUAACUGACCCUUUACAGAUAAACUGUGCUUUGCCCCAUGCAUGCAAAAUGUGCAGCCCGCAGCUGUAGAACUACAACUCCCAUCAUCCCACCAUUUUAACACUGGCUGCUGGGAGUUGGAUGUUCAACCAUAGCUGGGGGGAAGGGAGCUGCAUGUUAACGGUGACAUUUUGCUAUGACUGCCUCAAUACCGACUUUUUUUUUUUUUUCUCCCCUAGUCUCUACUGAAAUGUCGUAUUUAAAUAAAGCAAUUUGUAGUAGAAGGAAUUUCUCUCUCUUUUCUCUCCUCAUAAAAAGCUGCGUUACUCUGUCAGGUUAAAGGAACACCCGGUUGUGCUGUAUGGCAACGUAUUUAGGCCAACACAGGACUUGUUGCUGCUUAUUGUAUGGAAAAUAAAGUACUUAUACAAA